CCCCCUCUCCCUCUCUCUUUCUCUCUUCUUGUUCUCAGCACAAAACCCUUUCUUCAUAAACACGAUGAGCAAGCCCAAAAGCAUACUAAAGCUUAGACCAGAAAUAAAUAACAAUACAUCAAAACCAACCAUAGUAUCACCCACAAGACCUGCAAGUGGAACAAACUGGCUUAGUCGCUUACAGUCCAAACUUUAUUCUCAACAGUUUAUUAACCAUAACAACAGUGAAGACACCAACGAACCAGACCUUGAAAACCCUUUAUUGUUUAUUAAACAGGAUCUGAAGCGAGUGACCUUCCCGAUCGGUAACCUAGCGACUGAGUUUCCUUUUUAUUCAGAUGAUUCACCUAGGGAUGAGACCUUUGAAAAGUUCAAGAAGCAACGAGAACAACAACCUCUUGUUGAACCUGCAGUGGUUGUUUCUGAGCUAACAAGCCAAUAUGAACAUGCCUGUAUACAACGAGAACAAGUAUGCAUUGAUAGGUUUCGAAACAUCUUGAAAGAGAGCAGAGCGUCUUCAGAGCUAAAAGCAAUCGAUUUAUCUAAACAAGCGAUUACGAGACUUCAAGCAGGUCCAUUUUCUGAUAUCUUGUUACUAAAAUUUGGCCUGAAUUAUCUCAACUUGUCUGGUUGUAAGCUAGAAGACGAGACAAUCCGCAUUAUUCUUUGUAGUUUACUUGUUAGUAACACAAUUACACACUUGAACAUUUCACAAAACAACUUCAGGUCAAAGGGGUACAGAUACAUUGCUUUGUUUAUAAAAGAGUCAAAAACACUUGAAACACUUGACUUGUCAAAAUGCGUGAUUGAAAGAAAAGGUAUGCAGUAUCUCUCUCAAGGCUUUCAGUAUUCCAAAUCGCUUUAUAAGCUUAUUUUGGAUGAUUGCCAGAUUAGACCUGUACCUGAAGCAUGUGAAAUCUUUUCUGAAGGCGUCUAUCACUCAAUAUCAAUCAAAUCACUUUCUUUACGCAACAAUCAACUUGCACCGCCUCAUGGUACCUGGAUCUCUAAUCUGGUUGCUUUUAAUCAAGAUGUGCCAUUACAUGGUCUGAGCGAACUUGACUUAUCAGGUAAUAACCUUGGUUUUAUGAUUGCUCCCCUUGCUUCUGUGUUACGUGACAAUACCACGCUUUUACACUUGAACUUGUCCAACAGUCAGAUCAGUUUUGAAGGCUUAUCUGUCCUGUCAAACGCAUUAUCUGAAAACAAAACAUUGGAAUCACUCGAUCUAUCAAGAAAUCCAUUGAACCAAGGCACUGAUGAAGGAAUUCUUGCUCUCAAAAGUGCUUUAGCGCGCAACACUUGUUUACAGAGCCUCAAUUUAUCAGAUACCCAACUAGACUCAAGCUCAGCUAUCACACUUGCUGAAGCAUUACCCGAAAACAAAUCACUCACUCGACUUGACCUAUCUAAAAAUCCGCAGAUUGAAAUGGCAGGUGUCUUAGCACUCUCUAUUUCUAUCAAAAUGAAUCAUACCCUGACCUUUUUGGAUAUCAAUAUACCGCCUUCAGACGAAGAUUUAGCCAAUUUGCAGAAUGAUAUUGUUGCUGUCUGUACAACCAAUAUGCUACGAAAAGUGGAAGCACAAAAACAUAUUGAAGAACCACAAUCAUUAUCAGUCACUGAAGAAGAAGAUAACAUUUCCCCUUCUCCAUCUUCCUCAUCAUCAUCUUCUAACAUUUCAACUUUGGACAACCAUACAGAGCUGCCUUCUACAGACAUGAUCAAAGAACAAGCUUCUUCUUCCUCAGAAAACAAUAGUGUUUCUAGCUUGAUUGAAGCGACUGCUAAUCUCGAUACCACUUCAUUGCCUUCAUGUUUAUAAACUCCUUUUAUAUAAUUAUUUACACACAUACACAAAAAAAAAGAUUAUUUUUUUACAUAAACUAUUUACAAUGGAC